CUUUAGUUUUAAAUAAAAUAGAACCAUCAUAUGAUAUACAAACAUUAAAUAAUUUCUCUGAGUCAUCACUUGAUAUGCAAGUAUUAAAUAAUUUCUCUGAGCCAUCACUUGAUAUUCAAUU